AGAGCUCUGCUUGUUCGGUUUUCCGGAAAACCAGCUCUGAUUCCAACCAGCUGUUUCCCGCCUCACACAGAUCAGCUGCACACACACACACACACAGUCGUAGUAGGCGGAGGCUGGAAGGCAACACACAUACACACACACACACACACGCUGGAGGGAACCCCAUCAGCUGUGGAAAGAAACACAGCUCGAUUUUACUUUUCGUUUUUUCUUCCCUCCUUCUCAGAUUGAAUUUUAGAGCGGGGUUUUAGGAUCUGCGCUACUGUUGGACGCCUUUGCGGGUUUUGUGGUAUUAACGAAAAACACAAUACUUCAACGAGAGCACACGAGUGGGAAGGGGAAGAAAACAGCAAACACGAACUACAGAAGGUGGCUUUGAAAGCAUGGACUAUGUCAGGAUGCCGACAGAGAAGAUAACAUCCCUGCAGCACUUCAAGCGGACGGAGAAGGAUGUUAUCGGCGGGCUUUGCAGCCUUGCGAACAUUCCCCUCAGUCCGGAGACGGCCCAGGACCAGGAGAGACGGAUCCGUCGGGAAAUCGCCAACAGCAACGAGCGGCGGCGUAUGCAGAGCAUCAACGCCGGAUUUCAGUCCCUCAAAACACUCCUGCCACACACAGAUGGAGAGAAGCUCAGCAAGGCCGCCAUCCUUCAACAAACAGCGGACUACAUAUUUACCUUGGAGCAGGAAAAAACUCAGCUGCUGACCCAGAACAACCAGCUCAAACGCUUCAUCCAGGAGUUCAGCGGCUCCUCGCCCAAAAGGAGGCGAGCCGAGGAGAAGGACGAAGGCAUCGGGUCUCCGGACAUGCUGGAGGAGGAGAAGGUGGAGGAGCUGAGGAGGGAGGUGAUCGACCUGCGGCAGCAGCUGGACAAGGAGCGCUCGGCUCGCAUGCAGCUGGAGGAGCAGGUGAUCUCAGCUGUGCGAUCUCUGGACGGCCAGCUGCACCCGGAGCGUCUGAAGGUGAUCACCCAGCAGGUGGAGGAGGAGCAGGCCCUCAUCCAGAGCCAGACGCUGCUGCGGCUACAGCAGAUCCACGCCGCCACCGACAGACAAACACACAGUCCUCAGGUGCUGGCUCCGCCCACUCCGCCUGCCCCAACCCACCACCCCACUGUCAUCGUCCCAGCUCCAACACUAAACCAACACCAUCACGUCACUGUGGUGACCAUGAGCCCAUCUGUCCACACCAGCACCGUGUCCACUUCCAGACAGAACCUUGACACCAUUGUGCAGGCCAUCCAGCACAUCGAGCGCACCCAGGAGAGAAGAGGCAGUUCCGAGGACGAGCAGAGGAGAGCCGUCAUCGUCAGCCCCACCCACGUCGCCAUGGACACCGCCUGCUCGGACACAGACACGGACACGGAGGGCGAGGACUGUUUGAUGAACUGACCCGCCCCCACCCACCCUGAACUCCUGCCUACCCCUGCCCCUCCAACACGCACACAAACACUUAAGACACCCUACUCACUGUAAGAUUCCCUCCAGGAGCUUGACUACUCACGUUAAUCUGUCUUUGGCAUUACCUAAACUCCUAAAUCCAGUGGUUUAAGCUCUGCGUCAAGUUUUGUACUGUAAUUUUUCGGAGUAUUGAAGAGGUAGGAGGGCCAGCGUGCAGGAUCCGUUGGAUCUCUGCAGCUACUUGAAUAAUCAAACGGUCUACUUGUAGAAAAAAAAAAAAAAAGAAAGGAAAAAAAAAAGGCUGUCGGCCCUCUGAUGUUUCUCGUUCGUGCGUGCUCUCCUCAUAAUCCCGGAAUCAUCGUCGCCCUCUUUCUGUCACUCCUGACAGUGCAGCUACAAUCUAAAGGAGUCAAUUUAUCAGAAAGUUGAAUGUAACGACACAAUAAGCAAGGAGAUCCUUACUCACAUGUUUUGUUUUUCGUAUAUUUCUGGUGGCUGUCAAAUCUUAAGCUAUUAAAUACUAAAUUUCACAAUUUGAACCUACACAUAAAAUCUUAUUUACUUGAAGAAAAAAAAGAGAAAAAAUAGCUGUUUUUAAACUCUAAAUAAGCCCUUAGAAAUGAGCUGAAUUCCUUCUCUGGUCUUUCAGUUUAGAUUUUGUUUGUUUUGUUUUUUUAAGUGUCACGGUCGCCAAUCGUCGAAGGUUUUGUUCUAAUUUAAAGUUAAUCGACUUUUCCUUUACCGUUUUUUGUUUGUUCUUAACAGGAGGGAGGAGAAAAACGCACCAUUACGUUUUUAACUUGAUGUCGGCUUGUUGCAUGAAAAACAUUCAGGUGCCGCAUUUUUGUAAAUAAGCGAUCAACCCGAGCCGGUUUGACUGAAUCAGACUCUUUGGAAUCUACAAAUGUUUCCAUCGAAGUUCUGAAACAGAUGGGCAUGAAUCAUGUUUCCAGCAUUUCCCCCUGAGGGCCUGAAUCCACCAUCUGGUCUUGGUGACUAUGCACUAGAGAUGUUGGGAUUUAUGCAAUUCCAUCUUUUGUACAUUUGUUGUUCUUCUUCUUAUAAUUUUUUUUUUCGUUGUCACUAUCAUUUAAACAUAGGGUGAAGUUCUCUAUGCACCGUGUAUGAAACUUGACGUGUUUAAAUGGAAGAAUGUAGUACUUAAGAGGUGCUUGUUUUAGUCGUCACCGUGGCGAUCUGCAGGGGCGCGACGAGCUGAGGCCAAAAGUACCUGCAAUAAGUCACCUUUCCUUUGUUUUUUGUUCCCCCCCACCCCUGGAGAUUUUCAGAUUUGACACAGGAGUUAAAUUUCUGGUGUCUUCUCUUGGGGGGAAGAAUCCCACAACUUCUAAGAGUUUCAAGAAGCAAAGUUUAACCAGCAGUAGAUCCUAGAACGUUGAGUAAAAAUACGACGCUGUCACAGUUUGUGCACAAAUUUUCUUUUUCUUUUCUUUUUUUAAAUCUCAAAGCAGAACAGCAACAGCUAUCCCUGCUGGUGAUAUCUGCAAAAUUGGACUGUUUUAUUUUUAUUUUUUUGCACCCAAACAAAUAGGAGUCUUCUUUCAGCCAGCUGUCCGGCAGCGCACAGCAACGGGUGGAAGUAGAGUUGGCUAAAUAUGCGUUUUUUUUGUUUGUUUGUUUGUUUACACUUAGUCUGGCUAUAGAAGAGAACUUUAUUUACAAACAUAUCCGGUAACUUCAAUGACUAUGGAGGCACCGGGCACGGACCAGUUUGUUUGGUAAAACCUGUUUUAUGUGCUUCUGUUUACAAAAAGAACGGCAGCAGAUUAUUCCAGCAGCUGCUAAGAUAAGAUAUUUAUCUGUUAUGCUUAUGAUGAAUAACCGUUAGUGUUUUUUGGGGGUUAGGGAGUAUUUCCAAAUGGAGAGGUUUGUUUGCGAUGCAAGCAAGAAAGGGAGCAAUUCCCGUUUUCAUCCGGAGAAAACUCGAGUACUUAACUUGGCAACUUAUUAGAAAUGCAUCUAAAGCACAGGAUCUGCAUAUUGGGAAAAACGUUCUUGUUGUCAAACUUAAAUAUUCCUUCGACUGGAUAACCGGCCCCUUGUGCCUCCAUUUUCUGAAGUUAUUACUUAAAGAAAACGGGAGUCGGUGUGUUUUUGUUUUUUUGUUUUUUAUCUAAUGUACAAACACAGACUGUAACUCUUUAAUUAAUUUAGGGAAACAAAUCAAUUUACAAGAGACAAAUUUAACCUUACACGGCUUUAGCGGGAAAACCGAAGCCCGAGCAUCAGAAACACUAACGGCAAAGUUUUUGACGUUGAAAAGCUGAAGAGAAUUGCAGAUGUGCCACUCGUAAAUCCCCCCCC